AUGGAUAAGUAUAAGAAACAGAUGACUGAGAAGAUCUUGGACCUUACUCUAGAAAUCAUCUACCUUCUGACUGGUGAGGUGAGCAGUGAUAUACAUGGCUUUUUUGCACACUCACCCCAGAUGCACUUUAUCACUCCCUUGCAAUGCAUGUGUGUAUGAAAUGAUAUGUGUAUUGUGUGUUAUGUAUACUAUAUAUAGAGCUCACAUUUGAGAGCUGACAGCAGUUUUGCUGUUAUUGAUGGCUAAUGAUGUCUACUACCUCUCUAUGUCGCUUUUCAUUCUCUAUAUCACAAGCAGAUUUUCUUCCUCCAUCUUUACCCUUGGUGUCUAGAGGGGUCUGAGUUAUAGAUUCUACCAAAAAUAUAUAAACUCAACCAUUCUGGAGUACCUAUGGGGUUAGAUUAUUAUUAUUAUUAUUGCCAUUUAUAUAGCGCCAACAGAUUCCGUAGCGCUUCAUAUUAUCUGUAUAUUUAUUCAUUCAUUUCCUCAUAAAUUACAAAAUGAAUGGAAAAGGUCAAAUGCCACUGGUAAAAUACUUUUGGGGAAGAUUUGGCUCAUAAUAAACCUACAGGUCCAGAUUGCCAUGUGUUGAAUACUAAUGCUUUGCUAGCCAAUCCAAACCAUUCUCAUAUUUACUGCAGCUGCAAAAAAUGAUAAAAUUAUAUAAAACACAACAACAUUUUUUUUGUUAUUAUUCUUUUUAAUAUUAGAUUAAAUUACAAACAAACAUUGUUCCCCUUCAAAUAGUUACAUUAAAUUACAGGUUAUAUGUAUAAAUAUGGAAUGAACUGAAACCCCUGUCUGUCUUUUAAAGCCAGUAUAUAACUUAUUUGGGUAUGCUGAAUAGAAUGUGAAUUAUGGAUAAACAUAUAGUAUUAAUGCCAUAUUGAUCUUUCCUUUUAGGUACAAAAUAGCCUUGGCUCUUUAAGAUUAAUAUAUUUCUCAAUCCAUAGGAUUGUGUAGUUGUGAAGAAGCCUGGAGAUAAUGUUAUUUGGAACAGUAUUCUCUGUGUGUUAGAAAGAUCCUACAAAAGUCAGCCUCAUAGCACAGUGCCUUCACAUGAUAAAAACGAUGACAAGAAGAUCCUUGAACUGACCAAUCAUAUCAUCCAGCUACUGACUGGAGAGGUGAGGCUGCUGGGAAUGGGACAUUAUACUGUGAAACCAAGGGAUGUGUCUGGAUGGUGACUGUAUCAUUGUUUGUGUCAGGUUCCUAUAAGGUGUGAGGAUGUCACUGUCUAUUUCUCCAUGGAGGAGUGGGAAUAUCUGGAAGGACACCAGGAUUUCUACAAGGAUGUGUUGAUGGAGAAUCACAAACUGGUCAACCCACUCG